UCUAGGGUUUAGAAUUGAGCUAAAGGAUUCAUCAAUUGCAGAUGGCGGGUAAUGGUCUUCACCCAUACCACCACCAACAAUGGCCUCCAGCUCCAGCCCCUCCUCCUGCUUCUGCCCCUCCUCCACAUCAUCACCAUCCUUCAAUGCCCAUCGAUGAGGUUCGGACGAUUUUCAUCUCUGGGUUACCGCAGGACGUAAAGGAGAGAGAAUUGGUGAACCUUCUGAGGUGGUUACCAGGUUAUGAAGCAUCUCAGGUCAAUUUCAAAGGCGAAGUUCCCAUGGGUUUUGCUUUAUUCUCCAACCAUCAAUGCGCUAUCGGUGCAAAAGACGCCAUUCAGGGUUUGGUUUUUGACACAGAGGGGAAAUGUGUUUUGCACACAGAGAUGGCGAAGAAGAAUCUCUUUGUCAAAAGAGGAAUUGUAGCUGAUUCAAAUGCACAUGACCAGAGUAAACGUAUGCGUACUGGAGGUGAUUACACGCAUACUGGUUAUUCAAGUCCCUCUCCUUUCCACGCUCCCCCAGCACCUGUCUGGGCACCACAUGGGUAUAUCACUCAAGCUCCUCCACCAUAUGAUCCAUAUGGAGGCUACCCUGUUGCUCACAUGCCAAUGGCUGCACCUGCUCCUGUGCCAGCGCCAAGCAGUUAUGCGCCAGUCCAGAAUACUAAAGACAAUCCUCCUUGCAAUACCCUAUUCAUUGGCAAUCUUGGGGAGAAUAUAAAUGAGGAAGAGCUGAGGGGCCUUAUCAGCGGACAGCCUGGUUUUAAGCAGAUGAAGGUUUUGAGACAAGAAAGACAUACAGUGUGUUUCAUUGAAUUUGAAGAUGUGAAUAGUGCCACCAAUGUCCACCACAGUUUGCAGGGUGCUGUCAUACCGAGCUCUGGUUCAGUUGGCAUGCGAAUUCAAUAUUCAAAGAAUCCAUUUGGCAAAAGGAAGGACUUUGGCCACCAAGCUGUUGCCCCCAAUGCGAAUGGAGCUCCUCCACCUAUGACCUACCAGUAGCUGCAGGGGAUGUAUUCUGUUCUCUAUGCUCUGCCAAAUACAAAUGCAUCAUGCAGCUGUUGCAUGCAUCCUUGCUAUCAUCAAGUCAUGAGCAUUAUCAUCUUGAAAUGAGCAUCUUUUUGGACCAUAUCAUAGUUUAUCCAAGACAUGCAUUUGAAGCACUGUCAUCUCAAAAUUGUCAGUUUAUUCAGGGUUCACGUUUUGUGACAUGUCAUAGGAUGCAUUUAAUUUCUGGCCUUAAAUCUUGUUGGUCUGUGGUGUCACAUUGUAUUCUACAUUUGAGAAUUGCUUUGUUUAGUGCUAACAUAUGUUUUAAACCUCAAGUGACUUCUUAGCACCUCUAUCAACGUAUUAUGUAUGGAGUGAAAUAGAAUUUGCAUCAUAAAUUGAGAUCAAAAUGCGAUUA